AUGGCAUCCUUCCAAAUAAUGUCCGACCUCCAUCUCGAAACACACUCCUCCUACUCAGAUUUCCAAUUCACCCAAACAGCCCAACACCUCGCCCUCCUCGGCGACAUCGGCCACGUCGCAGACGACCAACUCUUCACAUUCCUCGAACACCAAAUCCAACGGUACCUGAUCGUCUUCUUCCUCUUCGGAAACCACGAGCCAUGGCAUAUGUCGAUGCAGACGGCAAAGAGGAAGAUGCGCGAGUUUGAAGCCAAAACCGAGCGGCGGCGACUUCGUCAGUCAACGGUGGGGAGGUUUGUGUUUCUGAAUCAGACGCGGUACGAUAUCUCGGAUGAUAUCACAGUGCUGGGGUGUACGCUUUUCACCAACAUCCCCCUUGAACAGGAGUUUGCGGUUGAGACCCGUCUUGUUGAUUUCAGGGAUAUACUGCGGUGGACGGUGGAUGAUCAUACGCUUGCGCAUGAGUGUGAUGUGAAGUGGCUAAAUGAGCAAGUAAGUACGAUAGCUAGGGAGGAACCGGAAAGACGGAUUGUGAUUUUCACACAUCAUGGCCCGUCCACUGAUCCCCGGUGUAUGAAUCCUCGACAUAAGCAUAGCGAUGUGACGUGUGCGUUUGUUUCGGAUUUGUCGGGGGAGGAGUGUUGGAGGUCGUCGAGUGUGAAGCUGUGGGCGUUUGGGCAUACGCAUUAUAAUUGCCAGUAUACGGAUUCGGAUGGGAAGAUUGUGAUGGCGAAUCAGAAGGGUUAUAAGUUGUUUCCGCAGAGUACAUUUGAUGCAGAGCGUGUGAUUCGGUUGGGAUGA